AUGGCAAAAAACCCACUUCGUGUUCUUGUUACUGGUGCUGCGGGACAAAUCGGAUAUGCACUUGUCCCCAUGAUCGCUAGAGGAGUAAUGUUGGGACCUGAGCAGCCGGUGAUCCUUCACAUGCUUGAUAUACCACCUGCAGCAGAAGCAUUGAAUGGAGUUAAAAUGGAGCUGGUGGAUGCUGCAUUUCCUCUUCUUAAAGGAGUCAUUGCCAGUACCGAUGCUGUCGAGGCAUGCACGGACGUCAAUGUUGCAGUCAUGGUUGGUGGGUUCCCAAGAAAAGAAGGAAUGGAAAGAAAAGAUGUGAUGUCAAAAAAUGUCUCAAUCUACAAGUCCCAAGCUUCGGCUCUGGAGAAGCAUGCUGCUAAAGACUGCAAGGUUUUGGUUGUUGCAAAUCCUGCAAACACGAAUGCUUUGAUCCUGAAGGAAUUUGCACCAUCUAUCACUCAGAAAAAUAUUACUUGUUUAACGAGGUUGGACCAUAACAGGGCCUUAGGACAGAUCUCAGAGAGAUUAAGUGUUCAAGUAUCGGAUGUCAAAAAUGUUAUCAUCUGGGGAAACCACUCUUCAACUCAAUAUCCUGAUGUCAAUCAUGCAACUGUCAAGACUCAAGCCGGAGAGAAGCCUGUUCGUGAGCUCGUGAAGGAUGAUGAAUGGUUAAAUUCUGCGUUCAUUACCACCGUACAACAACGUGGUGCUGCAAUCAUCAAGGCAAGGAAGUUGUCAAGUGCGUUAUCUGCUGCAAGUUCUGCUUGUGACCAUAUACGUGAUUGGGUCUGUGCAACUCCAGAGGGCUAUUGGGUUUCAAUGGGUGUGUACUCCGAUGGCUCCUACAACAUUCCAGCCGGUCUUAUCUACUCUUUCCCGGUUACUUGUUGCAAUGGCGAAUGGACAAUAGUUCAAGGUCUUAAGAUUGAUGAGUUCUCGAGGAAGAAGUUAGACUUGACAGCGCAAGAGCUGACCGAGGAGAAGACUUUGGCAUACUCGUGUCUAUCAUAA